AUGGAUUCAGGCUUUCCCAAAUAGCAAUGAUCCAUGUAAGAGAGUUUCAAGCGAGUGACUCGGACGUUGUUCUUCACUUAUUGGAUUUGAAAGAUAUCAUAAAUAGUUCUUCUUUUUCAGAAAAAGUGUUUCAACUUUCUGAAAGUGGUGACUUUUUGGGACUGGUAGCAGAGGCAAACCAAAGUGGAAAACAUCAGGUGGUUGGUUGUGCGUUUCUUCGUUUAUUGGAAACUAUUUCGAGAGGUCUUCACUGUCAGAUUGAGGAGUUGGCCAUCGACAAGGCUUGGUUACAUCAAGGUGUUGGCAAAAGUCUCAUGGAAACAGCCACUUCUUGGGCAAAGGAACGUGGUGUUGGUGACAUCUAUGUAGAUAGUCCAUAUGCAAGUAUAGCAGUGAAGGAAGGAAUAGAUUCUGUUUUUGUACGUGACGAAGUUUUGGAAGUGGCUCAACAGUACGAAGCUGAGAAAGAAGAGUUACAAGAGUCCUUGAAGAAGCAAUACAACACUACCAUAAGCAAAUUGGAAAAAGAAUAUGAAGCAAAGAAACAGCAGCAAGAUGAGACUAUUCAUAACUUGCAAACACAGUUGGAAGAUGCCACUCAGUAUUUGGAAGAGCAACAGGCUGAAGAAAAUGAACUUCUCAAUAUUGAUCCUUCUUCUCCGAGGAACCACACUGGACCUUAUCCAAGAGGUCGAGGUUUUUGGGGAACCUUGUGUUUUCCUAUACGUAAAACUUGUGGACCUGGCUCUUGUUUACGACUUCCAUCAGGACCUGCCUCUGUUCGAGGAAGUACAGAUAGGUCCAAUUAAUUAGUCGAUGAUAGUUGCUUUGAUAUUGUUCUUUGGAAAUAAUAAAACACGACCCAAGAUCAUUGGACACUCUUCAAAGGAGACAGCAAAUUCCCUU